UUUAUACGUGUGUGUGUGUUGUUGAUGUGAUGUUGACAUUUCUCAAGUUAUUUGAAUGACAUAAUUAUUUUUAUAAUUAUGGAUACCACAGUUUUAAUUUCAAUUGCUGUUGGCAUUAUCACAGUUAUUAUUUUUUUAACAAUAUGGUCGACUAGAAGUAAAGGAAAAAAUGAAAAAGAAAAUGAAAACCCUCGACCACGUGGUCAACCAGUACGAAGAGCUGCUGGAGUAAGACAUGCACGACGUAUGCAAGUGAAUCGUCAUGCUGCUGGUCCGGAACCUAGAGGAGAAGACGCUGGUGGAGAAGAAUCAGAUGGAGAAGAUGACAAAGUACCAGAAUUUCCCGAGGGUAAAAUCGGAGCUAAGAAACGCGCGAAAUUGGAAGCUAAGGCGGAAAAAAAACAAGCGCGUGAAGCGAUGGAACGCGAACGGGAGGAGCGCAAGAAGCGGGAACAGCAGCAGCAGGAGGAAAUUGAUAAACUUCGGGAGCGAGAGCGCGCCGAGGAGCUCAAGCAGGAGGAGCUCGAGAAGAAAGCUCGUGAGGAAAAGGAGAAACGGGAGCACGAGGAGUAUUUGAAGAUGAAGGAAGCCUUCAGUGUUGAAGAAGAGGGCUUCGAGCAGAAGGACGUAGACGAGGAGAAUCUUCUCGAGGAGUUUGUCAAGUACAUAAAGCUCAACAAGGUCGUCGUCCUGGAGGAUCUCGCCGGGCACUUUAAUCUCAAGACUGCGAGCGCCAUCGAUCGGGUCCAGGCGCUUCAAGCCACCGGAAGACUCACCGGCGUCGUCGACGACAGAGGGAAAUUUAUUUACAUCUCCCAAGAAGAGCUGGAGGCAGUCGCUAAGUUUGUAAAGCAGCGCGGGAGAGUCAGCAUCACCGAGCUCGCAGAAAAUUCAAACCGGCUGAUUAGUCUCACUCCCGGAAAUCAGACUGUCGAAACUAAUUAAUGUUAAUUUUUAUUUAUUUUCAAAUUGUUAUUUAAAAUCGUCUGUUCAUAAAUAAAUUUAAAUAAUUAUUUUA